UUUACUCCAUCAAUUAUAAUCAUAACUUUCUCAAAUUUGAGAGAUGGCCCAAGUUGUGUUUAAUUUCCUUCCAUCAACACGCAUUAGAGAGCAAGUUGAUUCUCAAUAUCCCUUGAUAAUAUCGAAUAAAAAGAUCAGAUUAUUCGGGUUUGAGCUUGAUCCCGACAAAAAUGAUGCAGCGCUCAACGAACAAGAAUUAGGCGAACACGGAGAAAGCCUGCAUUCAUCACCUACCACAACCUCGUCCGAGAAAGAGAAGUAUUCGAUGGAGGAUUCCCAAGAGGCGAAGAAGUUCAAGUGCCAAUAUUGUUUCAAAAUGUUUGUGAACUCGCAAGCAUUAGGUGGUCACCAGAACGCGCAUAAAGCCGAACGGAUGAAGAAGAAAAGGUUGUUAUUACAAGCUAGAAGAGCCACCAUCGAGCAUUACCUCAAACCCUAUGACCAAGUUAUUAAUAAUCACGGUGUUAACAUAAGUUUUCAUGGUCAUGAAUUUAGUGAACCAGAUUUUACCUUUGGUUUGUACGAUAAUGAUUUGGUAACCUUUAAGGAUGUAUGCAACUCUGGUUACAAACAUGGAGGCAGGUCAAAAAGGAUGCUUUCUUCAUCAUCAUCAGACGAUUCAAAGCAAUCUUGUAAAGAUCUAGAUCUUCAAUUGGCACUAAGUUCAUACGCCACCAAGUAACCAUCCAUAUUUUAUUUUUUAUUUUUGAAAAACCCUUUUGUCAGAUUGAAUCUUAAGACAACAUGAUCUCUUAGAUUGGGUAAAAAUUGUACUAGUUAGAGAUCAUUUUUAUUAGUUCAAUAACGAAGAACAUUAAGAAUAUUGUUAUAACAUAUUCAUGUUUUAUAAGUGUAAUCUUUCAGCUUGUAACACUUUAAUAUGUAUGGUUGGUUUAAUGCGACAACCGAACAAAUAGAUGUACAUAUUGAUUUUUAGGUAUAACGUAUAAAUGUAUAAU